CCAAUUGCCCACUGGGCACUAGCACAGCACAUUUUCCACUUAUUUAUUUCCGCCGCAUCUUUCUGCAAAGAUAGAUAUGCUAUAAAGAUUUCUACUGUCCACUACCAAGAGCACAGCCAUUCUGAAAGGCGAGAAAAACCUACCUGUGAUUCAGUUUUACUCUUUUUCACAACAACAAUGGCUGAUGAGGUGACACUGCUGGAUUUCUGGGCAAGCCCUUUUGGCAUGAGAGUGAGAAUAGCAUUGGCAGAGAAGGGAGUGAAGUAUGAGUACAGUGAACAGGACUUGAGGGACAAGAGUGCAUUGCUUCUUCAGAUGAACCCAGUGUACAAGAAGAUUCCAGUUCUCGUCCACAGAGGAAAACCAGUUUGUGAGUCCCUUAUUAUUGUUCAGUAUAUUGAUGAUGUGUGGAGGGACAAGGCUCCUUUGCUACCUUCUGAUCCUUACGAGAGAGCUCAGUCCAUGUUCUGGGCUGAUUUUAUUGAUAAAAAGGUAUUCGAGAUUACUAAGAAGAUAUGGACUACGAAAGGAGAAGAACUGGAGGGAGCAAAAAAGGAUUUUAUCGAGUGCCUCAAGCUGUUGGAAGGAGAGCUUGGAGACAGGCCUUAUUUCGGCGGAGAGAACCUCGGGUAUGUGGAUGUGGCGUUCGUUCCUUUCUACUGCUGGUUUUAUGCCUAUGAGACCUGUGGAAACUUCAGCAUAGAGGCUGAGUGCCCCAAGAUCAUUGCAUGGGCUAAGAGGUGCAUGCAAAAAGAGAGUGUAUCCAAGUCUCUUGAACAACCAAAAAAGGUGUACGAGUUCGUUUUGGAGCUCAGGAAGAGGUUUGGGGUGGAUUAAGAGGAAACACAUACGCAUGCAUCCAUGAGCAGACGAUCAGUAUGAUUUCCUCAUGCUGGGGUUGUUUUUUCUUUCGAAUAAUGGGAGCUCUUCGUGGCUGUGCCUUCUCUUCUGUUGUUUCUAUUAUGAUGCUGGAGCUUGGGAGCACUUCGUGGUGACUGGGCCUGGCCGAGUUUGUGGAGUUGUCAUCGGCUCUUUUGCCUCUCUUGUCGUGUUGUUCUCACUAUUUAUUAAAAUAAUGUGUUGAGAUUAUUUGACUGG